GAGCAGCGCGGCGGCAGCUCGUCCACUCUGACAGACAAGAUUCCAAAAACCUAAACAAACCGAAAGCUGACUCUCAGCUGAUCGCGGCACCGACCGUUUUCAAUCCUCCGCUCGGAACAACGCGCGAGAAGCGACUUUUACAACCCCAGAGACGCCAACAACUUGCGUUGGUUAGUUAAAAGUAAAACAAAUAAAAAUAAAGACAGUUGCACAAAUAGUCGGAGAAUGGCAGACUCUGCGGCGGCCAACAGCGACGGGGAGGACGGACCCCGCGAGCCCAUGCGGGGCUUCGCGCGCCAGGGAGCCCUCCGCCAGAAGAACGUGCACGAGGUGAAGGACCACAAAUUCAUCGCGCGCUUCUUCAAGCAGCCCACCUUCUGCAGCCACUGCACCGACUUCAUCUGGGGUUUUGGCAAGCAGGGAUUCCAGUGUCAAGUGUGUUGUUUCGUGGUUCACAAGCGUUGCCAUGAGUUCGUCACUUUCUCCUGUCCAGGUGCUGAUAAAGGACCUGCAUCAGAUGACCCGAGGGCAAAGCAUAAGUUUAAGAUCCAUACCUACUCCAGCCCGACCUUCUGCGACCACUGUGGCUCUCUGCUCUACGGCCUCAUACACCAGGGCAUGAGAUGUGACCACUGUAUGAUGAACAUCCACAAGCGUUGUGUGGCCAAUGUGCCGAGCCUGUGUGGGACAGACCACACUGAGAGGAGAGGUCGCCUCCAGAUCACCGCUGAGGUCAAGACUAAUGUACUCACUGUUACCAUCGGAGAGGGCAGGAAUCUGGUUCCUAUGGACCCCAACGGUCUGUCAGACCCCUACGUGAAGCUUAAACUGAUCCCAGAUCCCCGCAGUGAGAGUAAACAGAAGACCAAGACCAUAAAGUGCUGCCUCAACCCCACCUGGAAUGAGACAUUUAAAUUCCACCUGAAGGAGUACGAUAAGGAUCGCCGUCUGUCGGUGGAGAUUUGGGACUGGGACCUGACCAGCCGCAACGACUUCAUGGGAUCACUGUCCUUUGGCAUCUCGGAGCUCCAGAAACAAGGAGUGGAUGGAUGGUUUAAGCUGCUCUCCCAGGAGGAAGGCGAGUACUUCAAUGUCCCCGUUGCUCCAGAGGGGGAGGAGGGCAACGAGGAGCUACGGCAGAAGUUCGAGAGAGCUAAGAUUGGACCAGACAAGAACAAAGAAGGCAAGGCGGCCAAUGCUGCAUCCCGGUUUGACUCCAAUGGCAACCAAGAUCGCAUGAAGCUGGCUGAUUUUAACUUCCUGAUGGUGCUGGGCAAGGGCAGCUUCGGCAAGGUAAUGCUGGCAGAGCGUAAAACGACAGAGGAGCUGUAUGCUGUGAAGAUCCUGAAGAAGGACGUUGUGAUCCAGGAUGAUGACGUGGAAUGCACUAUGGUGGAGAAGAGAGUGUUAGCGUUGGCUGGAAAGCCCCCGUUCUUAACACAGCUGCACUCCACUUUCCAGAGCAUGGACCGUUUGUAUUUUGUCAUGGAGUACAUAAACGGAGGAGAUCUCAUGUAUCAGAUUCAGCAGGUCGGCAAGUUCAAAGAGCCCCAUGCUGUAUUCUAUGCUGCGGAGAUAGCCAUUGGUCUGUUCUUCCUACAUCUGAAGGGCAUCAUCUACAGAGACCUGAAGCUGGACAAUGUGAUGCUGGACUGUGAGGGUCACAUUAAGAUAGCAGAUUUUGGCAUGUGUAAAGAAAAUAUGACUGAUGGAGUCACUACCAAGACCUUCUGUGGAACACCAGACUACAUAGCUCCUGAGAUCAUAGCCUACCAACCUUAUGGAAGAUCUGUGGACUGGUGGGCCUUUGGAGUAUUGCUCUAUGAGAUGCUGGCUGGGCAGCCUCCAUUUGACGGUGAAGAUGAGGAUGAGUUAUUUCAGUCCAUUAUGGAGCAUCACGUCUCCUAUCCCAAGUCAAUGUCCAAGGAGGCUGUCGCUAUCUGUAAAGGGCUGAUGACGAAGCAUCCAGCGAAACGACUGGGCUGUGGUCCGGAGGGGGAGAGAGACAUCAGGGACCACAGCUUCUUCCGCUACAUGGACUGGGAGAAACUGGAGAACAAGGAAGUGCAGCCGCCAUUCAAACCUAGAGCUUGUGGACGGGAUGCCGAGAACUUUGACCGCUUUUUCACACGCCACCCGCCGGUGCUGACCCCUCCCGAUGAGGAAGUGAUUCAGAACCUGGACCAGGACGAGUUCCAGGGAUUCUCCUUUAUCAACCCUGAGUUCCCAGGAACUGCCCCUACCACCACUGCCCCCGAGCAGGCUUGAUUUCAGCUCAUGCACGGACACAUAAACACACACACACACACACACACAACACACAAACAUAUACAUAAUCCUUUUCCCCAGUAUCAACCCUGUGUACCCCGGAACAUAGAAACACACAAACAUAUCAUUUUUAAAUAUCCUGGAAAUGAUUUGUGCAGUUACAAGAACCAAGAAGCCAUGACUUAAUACUGAUACAUAGAAAUGCCAUAUAAACAAUAACACAUAUACACAUAUUUGUUGUUCACACUGCUGCUGCAACCUGGAUGAUGUGUUGGCUUCUUCUGAGGGUGCAUGUGCAGUAUACAAUUGCCUGAAUGCAUGUAGCGCUCUAGUGCAGCUCCGGAAAAAAAAAAAAAAGGUUUUAAUUGAGAUAAUUAGAGCGAACAAAUUCUGUAUUUUUCAUUGCUUCUACAUGGUCAAAAUGUUACUAAGCUAGAUUCAUGGACUUUCUCCAAGCUUUGUUUUUGAGAGAAGAAGAAGCUUGGAAGUGUGAUUCACCACAAUCUUGUUGCUCAGUGUGAACAAAGUGUGUUUAAUUUACCAGACCUCGUCAGAAUGAGGAUUAAACCCUUAAAAUCCAAACUUUAAAUUGAGGGACAAAAAUGAUUCUUAGAAAAAAGAAUUGCAUUGUCACAAAUGCAGUUCAUAUACAACCUAACUACAGAUUAGUAGUCGAGUCAUGAUUCCCCCCAGCACACACAAAUACACAAUAGCAUAAUUCACAUGUAACAUAGCUUUAGGAUUCCAUUUAUUACUUUUUCUGGUGGAACUUGUGAUUUAACUUUUCUUUUAGUCAUUCCUCGACUACUUCAGCGCAUUUUGGCCUGUACUUCUGGUGUGCUUUUUAUUCAAUGUGUAAUAGUAGUAGUGUCUGUACGUUUAUCCUUAUCUUAGCUAAAACUGGAAUGCUUCACAUACUUGUGCAUGAGUUUCUAUAUCAAUUACAGCCCUGGACUUUGUCUCCCAGCAGCAUUUUAGCAUCUUAUCUCUGCACCCCUCUGCUGCUGUUGUUUGGCUGUUUUUUUAAUGGUUUUCGAAAUAUGUAUUAUUAAAAAAGAAAAAGAAAUUUGGUGUAUCAUUUUACCCAUUGAGGCAGUAGAAGAUUUGUGCCACAAAAGACCACAAAUAUCAGAUUUUCCAUGUGUCUUAUUUGCUGUUGAGCUCUGGGAUAAUGAUGGUAAAAUGCUGUUGGGAAAUGCAGUCCUUAUAUAGGCUUUGAGUCCGUUAAAUGGAUAAUACUACUUCUUAUACUCUCAUUUUCUGUUAUCUAGUAUAUAAGCAAUGAAAGAGGCUAGCAGUUAGUUUCUUUGUGUAUAACAAAAGCAUGAUUCAGAUAACAGGCGUUUCACAACAAAUGUAUGUGCACAUGUAUGUUUUAUAUGUGUGCGAACGAGUACUGUGAAUGUGAAUGAAUACGCACGUUUGCUUUUGCAUUUUUGUAUGUGUAUCAGUACCUGCAUUCCCAGCGCCUUGCCUGGCCUUGUGUUUACAUUUGUCUGCAUGGUAAGUGUCUGCAACCCCUCAUAUCAAGCAGUAUUGGUAUGAUCCACUUUACUUCCAACCAGUGGCUCCACAAGUCGCAGAAGAGAAAGGAUGGAAGUACAGAAGAAGGAAUGCAUGAUACUGAAAUUGAAACAAUUAGCAAAUAAUAUUAGGUUUCGAUGUUAGCAAGAGAGUAGUGAUACUAGAGAAAAUUAGUGCUUACAUGGAGUCUUAAUGAAAGCUGUAUACAGGUCAGUGUCUUAAAGCUUGUGUUUGAAUCAUUAUUGACAACAAGUACUGCAAAGUCCACCUCAAUAGUUCCUGGAAAGCGCCACCUCAGUACUAGAGUUGUUUUCUAUGGCCUGGAAACUAAAAUGUAAUGCUGCUUUCAAAAUGCAGGUUCAGUACCUAAGCAUUUUAAAAAAAAAAGUUCCCAAGCCUGCAGAAAGUUUCUGUGGUAGAAAAAAAAAGGCCACUAGCUGGAUUUCAAACUGCGUUCCAAUAUUUCAUGCAGCUCUACCUUUCUCAUCUAGUUUUUUGGCUAUGUGGGAAAGGAUUUGAGGCUCAACUUAAUGUGAUUGGUGUCUUUCAAAUAGCCAUCUCCAUGCGCAAUAAAAAAAUUCCCAUCCUAGCUCACAGCAGUAGCAAUUGGGGACACAGGUUAAAGCUAGGCCUUCUGAAACAGGAACAUGUGUGUGCUUUGUCUCUUGUUUCCUCUAGCUAGCAAUAAUCUUGUUGACCAGAAGGCUGCAUUGGUACUGAACCAACCUUCAGAAGGCUCAGAUUUGGACUGUAGUUAAUUCACAUGCAAGAGGCUGUGAGGUUAUGAAGCUUAUUGGUGGGCACAUUUAUCCAGCCAGAGAGAAAGAUGGCAGUACCUUAUACACUUCAGUGCAGAGCAGCUAACGUUGUGUGGAAGUGGCUGAAGUGCGUCCUCAUAUCACACUCCUCUUUUAUCACAGAGGGGCAUCAGUUUUGUCUGCAAAGUGGGCACAUUCAGGUUCACUUAUGUUCAUCAGUUGUAGUGGCAUGAAGAAGAAUAAAGCCACAGUGUCAUACGGGUAUUUCAGUUGAACGGUUAUCUUUCGUGCUAACAGACGUGGGAGUCACUGUUGUUUCCACGAGCGUGACUAGUAAUGGACACUAUCAUGACGAUAGUAACAGAUAUCUUAGAAUAUCUGCAGUAUGGAAGUGACUGGAAGUUGAGGGCGGAUCAAUGUAUCCAUGGUGAUUGCUAGUGAAUUAGAAAAAUUAUAAUUUUUUCAAAACAGAAAAUUUGUAAUUCAGGCUUUCCUAAAGUAUUUGCUUAAACUUUAUUGCAGAAGGCAAUGGAUCUUCACAUACAAUUUUAUGAUAACAACGCUUAUUUGUAGAUAAAACAAAGACAGUUUGACUCAAGUUUGGCAUAAGCUUUUGAAUAUCAUAACAUCAAGUGAAAAAUGUAAUUUGCAAUUUAAAAAAAGAAUUGAAACAUUUGAAAGAGAUCAUUUUUGCAGGACAGUGGUGAUUUGUGCUCUGCUUAUAAAGUGGGCCACAUGAAGGUUUAGCUGAAAGCUGAGGGAAUGCCAAGAAUUCAGACUUGAAAACAAUGCACUGGCUUUGUUCUCUUUUAGUUGUCUAAUUACUGAUCAAAAUAUGUUCACACACAGCCCCCUGUAAUGCAUGUUUGCAUUAUCCUUUUUGGAAGGCAUUGAGAGCUGUUUACUGAAGUAACUUUGACAUUUUGAUUGGAUUAAUGGAUGAGGCGGAAAAGUCCCUGAUUUAAGGACAGUCUUAACUAAAAUCUGGAUAACGUUGGUCCUGUCUGUCCACUAUGAGACUGAAUGUGAAUGCAACAACAGUGUUUUUAUGACCUAAAGCAAAAUCUGUGUUCCAUUAUCUGUGCCGUACCUCCAUUGUCAAUAUUUAUUACGGUCAGUGUCACCUGUAUUAUAACAACUACAAAUAAUUAUAUAUACAUAAACAUAUAUACUGUGUCAAAUGUUGAUAUUUACACCAUGUGGUCAGUAUUGUAAAGGACGAGAGUCUUACUCCAGGAUUUGUGGUUUUGUUUCUACGUAUGAUUCCUUCCUGCUGAAGGAGAAGCAAAAUCAACUCUGCAUGAAAAAUGCUUUUGUUUGACCUUUUUAUUAGUUAGGAUUUAUAUACUAAUUAACAUAUUAGGGUGAUUUAUGUUUUCUGUGUCCGCAUAGCUUCCAAAGUGUGAUCCAAGCUACUGUUGUGUGUGCUAAGAAAAUACUUCUCACAAUGCUUUCCAUGCGCCAAAAUUAUUAUUAUUAUUAUUAUUUUCCAGGAAAAACAGGCAUAUCUAAAAUAAAGGAUUUAAAAGAUG